UGAAAGUGUUGUCGUGUUGAUGCGAUGGAGCGAGUAAAAUCUACUCAGCAGCCAAGCGGCCACGGCUACUAACCAAGUUUUAAAAAUUUUCAAACUUUUGAAAAGCUGAGCAUUUCCCGCACAGAAUCCCAUGAGGUCAUGACAUCAAAAUUCCACGAACCCUAAACCCCCAAAUUUCAGAAAUUCCUAAAUUGACUGACCUAAGAAACGAUUGCUUUGUAAAAAUGGCGUCAAAGGAUGCUGAUGAGAAGUGCAGCAACUCUAAAACAGAAGAAACAAUUGCUUUGGAGAAGAAGCGUUCAAAAUCAAGGAGAGUAAGCUUCGCUGAAACCACUGCUAUACACUUGUUCAUCAGAGAUGAAGAUUGUGAGACACCUCCCGCGGUUGAGGAAUCCAGUGCCCGCAUUCAGAGGAGUGACAGUGACGAGAUUAGGGAGUUGCUUGUUACUGAUUCUGACUCUGAUGAUGAUAAGGAUAGGGUUUCUCUCGAGCCCUCUUUUUUAAGGCCUUUGGAAUCACCGUCUCCUGGCAGUUACUUCGGUUCCGCUACCUCUAAUGAUGAAGAUAAUUUUUUUGGACCUGUAUCCGCUGAUUUUAUUAGACCUGGACGAUUAUCAGAUUCAGCGGUCUCCGAGGACAAUCAUGAUGUAACUAUGGAUUCAACGGCUUUCUCUAUGCACUUCCGUAGUCUAGCAAGAUCAGAGUCAGGAGGAGAGUUUAAAACACCAACUGGAGCCCGUCUAGCAUUUGGAGAGAGAACUUUUGGUCAAAUUUCUACGAGUGGUGGGGAUUCAAUGGUUUUGACUGCUUCCAAUAAGCGAGUCUCUGAUUCUGUUCUUGCUGAGACAGUUAAUGGCAGUGGCAAUUCAGAUGAUAUGAGUGUUGUGGGGGAACACUCUCGCAUAUAUGAUUAUGGGGAGCUACCUCCUGAACUAGAUAUAUUAUUGGCCGAUGACGGCAAGGAUAAGGGGGCCUCUCACACAAGUCAGUUUGAACAUUCAAAUCCUAUUCAACACGAUAAACGGGAUGCAGGAUCUUGUUUAAACCCAAGUGGAGUUGAACUUUUAAGUUCCAGUAAUAGAGAAAUUGAUGCCCAACUUGGUUUAAAUGUGGAAAAGGCAUCUGAUGGUGCAAUAUCUGCAAUUCAAGUCAUUCUUGACAAAGGAAAUGAUGGUAUUCCUGUAAAACUAUCUAAGGAUCGGACUAACUCUCCAAAUGUUAUGCCAGUUGACGAAAAUGACCAUGAAAGGCAAGAUGCUGUAGAACUUAGUGGGAACUUUCAAUCUCCUCUGCCUACUUCACACUCUCACUUAAAUCACGAUCAACGAAUUGCGGGUUCGGUUUCUUCAAUUCUUGAGGAACGUAGACAGAUAUUUAGGGUCUUGCCAAUUGAUGAAUCAAACUUAAUUUUGUCUGAAAAGAGGAUUCAUGAAGGUAGUAAACAUGUUUUGAGCGCAUCAACUCUUGAAAAAAGUGUUUCCAGAGUCAAAAGACACACUUUUCCAUUUACUUCUGCUUCAAAGGCCGAGAGUAAUGCUUCAAGAUUAAGGACUUUAGAUUCUGUGACACGCUCCUUAAUCAGAAAUAAUUCUUUGAGAACAAAUAGCAAAGACUUAUUGAUAGAACAUAUGGCUGCUCCAGUUGCUUGCUUGGAUGAGCAGUUUUUGAAUGUUGCUGGGGAUGAUGGUGAAAUUGAAAGCAUGGGAAAGAUAAGUAAAUCUAAUAUGAAGACCUUGGGAGAUUUACAGAAUGCUAAUUACAUAGAGGCUAAUGAUGCAGAAAUGUCUUCUUUGAGUGCAACUGUGGGUUCCCAUGAUGAUUCUGCAAAGUCUUCUGUUAGCAGGUCUCCUCUGGCACUUUCAACAGAAAAACAAUUCAAUCCAAGUGUGUCAAGAGUCACCCACACCAAAGAAAUUGCAUCAAUUACUGGAAGUGAUUGCUUUUUGCUGGAGAUAAGUUCUAAUGUUUUGAAACAUAACUUGGAUUCUGUAAAAUCUGGGGACUCUACUUUUUUUCCUACGACCAAUGUGGGAAAGAUGGUGUCAGCUUCUCCACUAUAUCAAGAAAGUCUUUCUAAGAACCCGAACCAACAGGUUGGAUCCAACUUAAGCCUAAGCCGAGUUGUGAAACAGAUGGUGGUAGAUGACUUGGGUUCCAGAUCCAAAAUUAACAGUCCUUUGGUUACUGAAAGCAAAAAUGAGGCUGAGAGGUCUUCGUCUGAUUUAAAACAUUUUCAAACUGUUUCCCAUGCGAUGCAAAAUGAUGAGUCAACACUUAGAAAUUUUCAUGGUUUCCCUGGAACAUUCACAUGCUCCGAACAUGCUUUAAUUGAUAAGGCUUCAGAUCUAGGUGAAUUAGUCAUCAAUAGGGCCAAUAUCGGAACUGGAACAAUGUCUAUGAGGGCUUUUCCAGUGGAAGACAUGAAACCUGUUACUGGAGAUGUUAAUCCAAUGAAAUUACCUAUCCAGGUGUCUGAGAGUUCUAAAGGAGAGCUAUCUUAUAGCUUGAUACAGAAAAAACCAUGUUUGACAGAUGAUACUAUUGUGCAUCCUUUUUCUGGCAACAGAAUCUUGACUCCUAGAUCUUACCCUUUUAGCAGUGUAGAUGAUGAAAAUGAUCAGCCGGUGUCAGAAUCACCUAAAAUAUAUGAUGCUGAUCGUCCAUCUUCUUUAAAAAGGAAACUCUUUGACAAAGCCAAGUAUGAUAAUGAUGAAAUCACAGCAUUUCAGCAUAAGCCAAAGUUUUCUAAAGAUCAGAAGCAAGGAAAUGUCAAGGAAGCACGAAACAUAGGAAGUGAUUCAACAGCAAGAGAUUGGGUUGAUGUUUUUACCAGUUUCCUGGGUAUGACCAAACUAUCACCUGCCUUGAUUAACAAGUUGAAUUUGACACAGAUCAGGAUGCUUGAUGAAAUUUUGGUCCAUCUAGACAAGAUGAGAAGUUAUGAGCUGCUUUAUCGUGACAUAUGCUCUCAGGAAGCAUUCAAGAUUGCAAACUAUCAACAAACAAAAAGAUUGGCGGAUAUGAAGUUGCUUCUUUAUAGAACUCUGUAUCAAAAAGCAAAAGUACAGCUAAUGCAUCUCGAGCGUGAAAAGUUAUUGGUCCAACUUCGUCAAUUGGAUUCUAAAGUUGAAGAAUCAAACAUGUUGAUAUCAAGUUCUCAUGGUUCUCAAAUAAAUAGUCAGAAGGAUAUUGAAAUAGAUUCCUUUUUACCUGUAUCUUGUCUGGUUGCUGCUGAAAUUCCUUCAUUGAGGAAGGAGCUAGAAGUAUCAGAAAAAAGCAUAAGGAACUUGCAUGAUUCCUUUCAUACAUACAUCAAGGAUGUGAAAGAACUAACCUGCACUGAAACAACUGUGUGUAUUAAAAACUUACUGAAUAAGAGGGUUGCAUGUCGAUCACUGCGAUCAGAACUUCAGUUAUGUCAAGUUGGGAGCAUAACGGCUGUGGAUGGAAAACGUAAUAUUCUUUUUGACCAUGGUUGCAUAAUGUCCCAGAGGUUCAUGGUGAAAUCUGUCUCUAAUGGUUUAUAUAUUUCAAAUACAUUGGAUGAUGUGAAAAUCUCUAUGAUGUCCAUUGGUGAUGUCUACACUGCAUUUUCAUUUGUUUUACAUAGUGAAACUAAUCUUGCAUACUCUGGCUUGGAAGUUAUUGCACAAGAAGUACAGAAAACCACUUCACUUUUGCAUACUCUGCUAGAUGUUGUUGAAGAAGUUUGUCUAGCUAUGGUUGAACUAAAAAAUCUUACUGGCUCCAAGUUUUUGCAGCCAUCAGCAGGAAAGCUCAAUUUGCAAUUGAGUUUCACCGAUUUCAACAGUGGUGCAAGAGUGGUUUUGAGUGUUGACGUCACUUGUUUGAAAUGGAGACAGUUUGGUAUUUGAUAAGAGGAUAUUGAUGGCUAAAGGGUGGAAGUGCGUUAGUGAGUUGUAAAUGAGGUGGAUCAAAAGCGUACAUAAGAAACGAUGAACAAUAGUGGGAGUUUGGGACCUUCACAACAAUAAAAUGUUAUCUGUUUCUGAAACUACUAGGGUUUAAUACUUCUAAACCAGAUCCAUUAUUUGAUGUGAAUUGUAACAAGUUUAUAUUAUUAUUGACUUUGUAACCUAGUCUAUUGAAUCCAUAUUCUCAACUUAGCUUCUAGAAGUGAUAGGACUAUUUGAAUUUAGAUGUACCUUGAUAAGCAUGUUGAUCAAGGUUCAUAUUUCAAGCUCACGUCAAUUUGUAUUGGGUCGAAAUAAAUAGAUUUGGGUUGGAUCACGUUACCCCACAGUCUAAGGCGAGCCACUGUCACUUCCCACUUGUUCUGACUUUGUUCUAAACAUUUGGAAAUGCUGUUUUACUAGGGCUUAAUAGGUUUCACGAUUCGCUAUAUUUGCAAGGGCAUAUUGCAUAUUAACUUCAAUUAUUCAUGGAGAUUACUUUCUGUUGAGCAGGGGAUUAUAUCCUUCACAGGUU